AUGAGCGAAGAUUUAUUUACCAAGGCUAUUGAAAAUCCAGCAGAUGCCACUCUGAAACUGAAACUUGAUCUCCCAGAUGAUAUCCCUAUUGAUGAUAUAAGUAGCGAUGAAAACAUUGAAGAAAAUGAUAAGACUGAGGAGAAGAUACCAACCACCCAAAAAGAGGAUGAAAUAGAAAAGGUUUUGGAAGCCGCUAGUGACAUGGACGAAAAGACAAAAGAAAUUGCAUCGCCGGAUAUAGAGGAUGAGGAUCGCAAUGAGGAUGAAAGUGACAAAGAAAGUGAAACUAAUAGCUCGAGCGAUUCUGAUGAGGGUUCAGUUCUUGAUGGCGUUGUUUUAGAAGAGGAUGAUGAAGAAGAACCAAGUUCCACAGGCCCCAUUCGUUCCAAGAAUGAAUUAACUGAGGAACCUAUCCCUUCUAUUCCUGAAGAUUAUGAAAUUAACGAAAAUACUGAUAUAACUCAUAUUGGUGUGAUUCAAUCCGUCCUUGACAAUAAUAUUAUUAUACAUGCAAAUUUAUCUGGUGAAAAACGAGUCCUGAAAGACGGUUCGAUCUUCUGUUUGGAAGAUCGUACAGUUAUAGGUACAUUGUGUGAAGUCUUUGGCCAAUUACAAAAUCCAUUUUAUAGAAUAAAAGUGCCAUCUGAAAAGAAUGAAUUACUUGCUAAAUUGAAGAGCCAUAUUGGAGAAAAGGCAUUCAUUGUAGUUCCUGAUGCACAUUGGAUUGACACUUUUGAGUUGAAGCGUUAUAGAGGUACUGAUGCCUCAAAUGGCUACGACGAAGAACUACCAGAAGAAGAACAAGAAUUCUCAGAUGAUGAGAAGGAAGCACAAUUUAAGAAGAUGAGAAAAGAACAAAAGAAGAGAAAGGGCCAAGAUAGAGGAAAGGAAGGCGACAUAGGAAAAGAUGCGAACAAACGAUCAAAGGCUAGAAACAACAACAACAAUAACCAUAACAACAAGUUCAAUAAGCCUCAUACAGCACCAACAAAUGAUAAUCAUGCUCAUGGUUACAGAUCACGUAAUACACGCCAAACGAACAAGACGUUAAAUGAGAAUUCACAGGGCAGAACCAACAAUGGUAAUAUACCCAAUGGAAUGAAUAAUCCAUAUCUACAAUAUGGUAGUGGAAUUGCACUUCAACCAUUUGUGCCACCAACUCAAUACCCACCUAACCAAUAUCCUCCAUUCCCACAACCUACGAGUAAUCAAUUUCCCGUAUAUCCUCAAGUACCUCAAAUGCCUCAGAUAUAUCCUCCAACUAUGGGUCAUUUUCCUCCACAAUAUGUCCCUCAAGGUCAAUAUCCACCACCAAGCAAUUCUGGAUUCUCUAAUAAUCCUGUACAGGCUUUUGGACCACCACAAUACAACCAACAAUACCCGAUUGCUUCACAACCACAGCCACAACCGAACAACCUAUCACUUGCUCAACCUAACCAACAGUUUGGCAUGACCCCUGCUCAUCAAUUACAUCAGCUAUUGUUAAAGCAACAACAGCAACAACAAAACCAAAAUCCAGAUUACCAACAGCCAAGGCCUUAA